ACUAAUUAUGCCUGAGCCCAGCGUCAAAGCGCCCAAGAAGGGCUCCAAGAAAGCCGUUUCUAAAGCCGUCAGCAAGACCGGCAAAAAGAGGAGAAAGACCAGGAAGGAGAGCUACGCCAUCUACGUGUACAAGGUGCUGAAACAGGUCCACCCCGACACCGGUAUCUCCUCCAAGGCCAUGGGUAUCAUGAACUCGUUUGUGAGCGACAUCUUUGAGCGCAUCGCCGGUGAGGCCUCCCGUCUGGCUCACUACAACAAGCGCUCCACCAUCACUUCCAGGGAGAUCCAGACCGCCGUGAGGCUGCUGCUCCCCGGGGAGCUGGCCAAGCACGCCGUGUCUGAGGGCACCAAGGCCGUCACCAAGUACACCAGCUCCAAGUAAACC